ACCGCCGCGAUAAUGGAAGCCACCGACUACAAGUUAGAUUUAAAAUGUAUGAAACAAGAUUUGCUGAGAGGAAUCAACGAGUGUUCUCAAAGGGGGCUAUUGCACAGUGUAAAAUGGCUGGCCGAGUUAAAUCACGCUUUGUCCCACGUUAAAUUAACGCCCGAAGAAACCCCAAUUUUUAAACAUGACUUAGAGGAUGAGUUAGAAAGUUAUUUGUUAGCCAAAUCCUAUUUCGAUUUGAAAGAGUACGAUAGGGCCGCAUUUUUCGUCAGUCAAUGUCACAAGCCUAAGGCUCGUUUUUUGUAUUUCUAUGCUAGUUACAUGUCAAUUGAAAAGAGAAAAUUGGACAACAUGACCGAUGCCAAUUGUCCACCUGAUCCAGCCAAAAAUGAUGAGCUAAACGAUUUAUGCACCGAGUUUAAGAAUGACUUCUAUGAAGACAAGCUUGAUGCCUAUUGUAUGUAUUUGUAUGGGGUUAUUUUAAAAAAAUUAGAUUUAAAUUCUUUGGCUGUGGAUGCUUAUCUGAAGGCUGUGAAGGAAGAACCAAUUCUUUGGUGUGCCUGGUAUGAAUUGGGGAAACUGAUGCCUGAUAAGAAUAAGAUAUUCUCCAUUCAGUUGCCAGAUCAUUGGAUAAAGUUGUUCUUCCUAGCCCACACUUAUUUGGAACAGCUGAACAAUGAUGAGGCCAUUCAAAUUUACACCAAUUUAAGUUCACAAGGGCUAGAAAAUAGUACCUAUAUCAUGUCACAACUUGCCUUAGGACAUCACAACAGGAGAGAGCUAAAUAGUGCCAUUACUAUGUUCCAAAAAAUCCUCACGGUGGAUCCCUUCAGAUUGGACAAUCUAGACACUUACUCAAAUCUGCUUUAUGUCCAGGAAAUGAAAACUCAAUUAGCAGAUUUGGCCCACAAAGUCGUAUUAAUAGAUAAAUAUCGUGUUGAAACUUGUUGUGUGAUAGGAAAUUAUUACAGUUUAAGAUCCGACCACCCCAAAGCAGUUUUAUAUUUUCGUAGAGCUUUGAAACUCAACCCUCAAUUUUUGUCCGCUUGGACUUUGAUGGGACACGAAUUUAUGGAAAUGAAGAACACUAAUGCUGCCAUACAAAGUUAUAGACAUGCCAUAGAAAUUAAUAAAAGAGAUUAUAGGGCAUGGUAUGGCUUGGGUCAAACUUACGAGAUACUCAAAAUGCCUUUCUAUUGCUUACACUAUUACAAACAAGCCCAACAGUUAAAGCCUAAUGACAGUCGAAUGAUUAUUGCGUUAGGUGAAACAUACGAAAAACUGGACAAGAAUGAAAAUGCGCUGAAGUGUUAUUAUAAAGCUUGCACCAUAGGCGACGUAGAAGGAAUAGCACUGAUAAAAUUAGCAAAAUUGUAUGACAAAAUUGGGGAAACGGAUAAUGCAGCAUCGGCAUUCACCGAGUAUUGUCUUAAGGACGACGAUUUUAAAGAUAGACCUUAUGAAGAGCAGGCAGAGUUCUUCGCUGCUUUACAGUAUUUAGCAAAUUAUCAUCUUAAAAGGGGAGAAUUGGAUGAUGCAUAUAUUUAUGCCUAUAAAUGUCUAGAAUGUGAUGAGACGAAAGAACAAGGCAAAGCGUUACUUAAAGACAUAGCAUUGAAAAGGGCAGAACGGGACAGAGAACUGCGGGAUGCUGCGCCUAUGAUUGUAGAAGAUGGUGGAAGAAAUGAAACCAACGCUAGCAUAGUGUUUUCAGGAAACUCAAUGUAUUAAUAUAUAUGUUUUUAUUUUAAUAUAAUUUUAUUUUGUA